AUGUCUACCGACAAGAUCACUUUUUUGACCAACUGGCAUGCUACCCCAUACCAUGCUCCUCUCUACCUCGCCCAAUCGAAGGGCUACUUCAAGGAGGAAGGUCUUAAAGUGGCCCUCUUAGAGCCCAACGACCCGUCGGACGUGACCGAGAUCAUCGGUAGCGGUAAAGUGGACAUGGGUUUCAAAGCCAUGAUCCAUACCUUGGCUGCCAAAGCCCGCAACUUUCCUGUCACCUCGUUCGGUUCUCUUCUCGAUGAACCAUUUACCGGGGUUGUCUACCUCAAAGACAGCGGCAUCACCACGGACUUUAAGACCCUGAAAGGCAAGCGUAUUGGCUAUGUUGGCGAGUUUGGCAAGAUCCAAAUUGACGAGCUCACCAAGUACUACGGCAUGACUCCCGACGACUACACUGCCGUACGCUGCGGCAUGAACGUCACCAAGGCCAUCAUCCGCGGCGAAAUUGACGCUGGAAUUGGCCUCGAGAACGUGCAGAUGGUCGAACUCGAGGAAUGGCUUGCAUCGCAGGGCCGUCCUCGCGACGACGUGCAAAUGCUUCGUAUCGACCAGCUCGCCGAGCUUGGCUGCUGCUGCUUCUGCUCGAUUCUGUACAUUGCCAACGACGCCUUCCUCGCCGCAAACACCGACAAAGUCAAGAAAUUCCUGCGUGCCGUCAAACGCGCCACAGACUUUGUUAUUGCCCACCCGAAGGAGGCGUAUGAAGAGUACGUCGACUUCAAGCCUAUCAUGGGCACGGAGGUCAACCGCAAGAUCUUUGAGCGGUCCUACGCUUAUUUCAGUCGCGAUUUAAAGAACGUGCCUCGCGACUGGCAGAAGGUCACCAACUAUGGAAAGCGUCUGGGUAUUUUGGACGCCUCGUUCCAGCCAAACUAUACCAAUGAGUUGCUCUCGUGGGCUCUGGAUGCUGAUUCCAAGGACCCGCUAGGCGACCAGAAGCGUAUGGCUGAGUUGCAGAAGAAGAUUGCCAAGGAAGGAGGUUUCCAGCGGUUGGAGGUUGCUACUACUGCCUAA